AUGGAAUCCGUCUACGUGCCAUUCCUCUACGAUGACCUCAAGGCUACAAAACAACUCGACGGACAAGUAACUUCAACUAAAGAUCUGCGUAUUGAACAUCGGCCAUACGCUCUCAAUGAGACGUACCGAUUUUUCAAUGAUGCCGCCUCUAACUGUGAACGAUUCAUCAAAAUUCAAGGAAUCCCAAAUGAUCGUCGUAUCGGUAGCGUGCGAUGUAUGGAUCCGAGCGCAAAAGUGCUGCUGCAGAAUCGAGGGGUUGAGCAAGAACUCGCUGUUACGGCAUUUGCCGGUGAACCGACGUCAAUUCGAACUCUAAUAGUACUACUUUAUGGAGACCGCUAUGGAUACCGACUGCUCUCAACGUGGCGUAUAUUGAUCCACUCAUUGCAACGGAUCGAUCUGCACAGUACUAUGGGACAAUCGAUCAAAAUACCUAUCACUUUGAAGAGGUAUGAGAAUUGUGAGAACUGGGGCAACUGA